AUGGACCCCAUCAAGUACAUAUUUGGGAAACCAGCUCUUACCGACAGAAUUUCCCGAUGGCAGAUGUUGUUAUCAGAAUACGAUAUCCAAUAUGUUGCGCAAAAGGCCAACAAGGGAAGUGUACUAGCAAAUCAUCUUGCUCACCAACCGAUAGAGGAUCACCAACCUUUAAAGUUUGAUUUCUCAGACGAGGACAUCAUGUUUGUCAAAGAUUCUGAGACCCCUGAAUAUGGUAAGGGACCUGAAUCAAAUGAACAAUGGACUCUCAUGUUCGAUGGUGCCUCUAAUGCUAUAGGUCAUGGGAUUGGGGAAGUGUUGAUGUCUCCCAAGAAUUUUCAUCUACCAUUCACUACAAAGCUCUGCUUCACUUACACGAACAACAUGGUUGAGUAUGAAGCCUGCAUAUUAGGGCUAGAAGAAGCUAUUGAGUUGAAGAUUAAAGUCCAUGAGGUAUUCGGAGAUUCUGUUCUAGUGAUACACCAAAUUAGAGGUGAUUGGGAAACAAGACAUGCUAACCUAAUUCCAUACCAGGAUUACGUGCUGAAAUUACUCCCAAAAUUUGACAAAAUCAUUUUCUAUCAUAUUCCUCGAGAAGAGAAUCAGAUGGAAGAUGCUCUGGUAACCUUGGCUUCCAUGUACAGGUUAAUAUGGCCUAACCAUCAGCCUAAUAUUGAAAUCAGGCGUUUUGACGAACCUGCUCAUUGUCUGGCAACAGCAGAAGAGUCGGAUGAUAAACCCUAG